CACUCAAACAAACCGGUAGAUCUAGAUCUAGAUUUAAUGCUGUAGUAGAUACAGUACUAGAAUACUAGAUAUCUAGAUCUAAAUCGAACUUAAUGGCUUGAUUUUGAUUAAUUUACAAUACGGUUUAAUUCAAUCGUAUUUACAGAAAAUGGCCGAUGAUGUCACUGCAAUUGUAAACAAUAUUAUUACAGCCAUAAAUACAGAAAGAACUGAUGUUAUUUGCACUGUACUGUCUGAAUUAAAAAAAAAUAGCCACAGUCCAGAGUUGUUGGGAAAUGUUUUGAAUGGUGUUCACACAGAACAUGGAACUCUCCUGCAUUAUGCGACAAAGCUUGGUAAAGUUGAUAAAGUGCGUGCCCUGCUGGCUGGAGGGGCAGAUCCAGGCAUACAGAAUGAGCAGGGGCUGCUUCCCCUAGAGCUGGCAUCCAAUCAAAUACGGACGGUUUAUAAUGAGGAGCUUUUGAAAGCAACUGCUCAGUCAAACCUAGGUCGAGUGUGUCAGCUGUUAGCUGCAGGUGUUGACAUCAACCUGAUAGACAGCCCUGAGAUGAUGAACACUCCACUCCACUGGGCUGUGUGUCACGGCAACAGGGACAUGGUCCAGUGCUUAUGUGCCAGAGGAGCAGAUUUGAAUGUCUACAAUGCUAGAGGGCUGACACCAUUACAUGAAGCCGUCAAAAGGGGAGAUGCUGCUAUUGUUGAAGAAUUGCUCAACUAUGGCGCCAAUGUGCAGUUACAAGUCACUUUAGGUGAAAAUAUUGGCCAAACAGCCGUGGACAUGGCUGCAGGGAAGGAACCUGUUCUACAAGCCUUCAGGGCUCCACGCCACUUGAUGGAACCUGUACACAAAAUCAACCAUUACUUUGACAGCAAAGCAAAUUUGGUCCGCUUUGACAGCAUGACUUCCACAGACAGCGUUCUAGACAAUGGACUGGAUGGAGAGGAUUACCUUCACUCCCCCAGACCUGAUGCCUCUCCCAAUAAGAAUUCCAUGAAAGUCAAGUUUGAGUCUGCCAGCCCCGUGCCAGUGGAUGAAAAGUUGGAGCUGGUGUGGCCAGCUGUGAAGAGACUGAGGCAGGGAGGUGGCAAACCUUUUCUGGUCAGCAACAUCUUGCCUGUCUUCAUCAAGCCUGCCCCACAGGGAGCCUCAGCCUCUGAUAUUGGAUUCUUGUGGAACUUGCGGCGCCACCUGUUUGAAGAGCUAGGUCUGGAGCUGUCACUCAACCUGCUGACACCCCUGUCAUCAUUUGAAUCUCCUCACAUUGUCUGUCAUGUCAACAAACAUCUGACCAACCAGAGAGCUUCUUACAAGUUGACGAUCACACCUAAGCAGAUGAAACUUAUCUGUGGGGAUAUGGAGAGCCUGAACUACGCCAUCUCCACGGUCAUUCAGCUGCUGGCUCUCUACAGAGAAGACACUGGUGUGGCCAUCCCAACUAUGUUGAUUGAUGACUGGCCAGACCUUGCCCAUAGAGGAGUUUUGUUAGAUGUUUCUCAGGGGCGAAUCACUGCCAUGUUAAGCCUUGAGGAGUAUCUGGACACACUUUCCCUGCUUAAAAUGAAUCAGGUGUACCUGUACAACAGGUUCCAUUCCAACCUUCCACCCCAGUGGCAGUGUCCUUACACACGCAGUGAGGUCCUCCACCUUUCUGAGUUUUGUGCCAAGCGUCAGAUGCAGCUGGUGCCAGUGGUGGAGGUGGGCCCGCGGGUACAGUUUGAGGACCUGUCCAAGCUGUACUCCGUCUUCCAGGACUUCCUCUCCUGCUUUGGGCAGGCUGAGUUUGUGAGUGCUGGUCCCAGACUGAGCAGCUUCCUGCUGGAGCAGACGGAAGAGAGUCUGGGCGUGGACGACGUACUGAGGCACCUGCCCAUUGGCUCCCACCAGACCCUGCAGCUGUGUGGCUACCCACUGCACGACCUGACCACAAACCUACUGCAGCAGCUGCCACCAGGUCUCAUCUUCAAGGAGUACGCUGUCAAAGCUGACCAUGACUAUAGCAAAUUCUGCACACCUUUGGCUGAACUUGGCAUUAACUAUUUGGUCUGCCCAGGAACAGCUGCAUGGAACAGUUUGGCAGGCUGUCCAGAAGCAGCAGUUGGCAACAUAACAUCAGCUGCAAGAAGAAAUGCUGGGGCCUUGGGCCUGGUCAUUUGUGACUGGACUGGCAAAGGUCACCUCAACCACCAGCCCUUCUCUUGGCCGGGUAUACUGGCAGCCGCAGGCCUAGCCUGGAACAAGAAAACUAAAGAGGGUACCCUCAAAACAUCUCUGCCCAGCCUGUUAAACCAGCAUGUGUUUAAAGAUAGAGGCGCUGCUCUAGGGCAUGUGGUUAUGGAACUUGGAAAGGCAGAAACCUAUGCCAUACAGCGGGCACGCAACCAAAACUCUGAUGACUACUCCGACCUACCUGAAGAACAGGGCUCCAUCCUCUACAGAUUUCUCACCCACCCUGACGGGGUUCCGCUAGAAAAUCUUUCAACAGAUGCCCUUCAGCAAGUGACCAAGCACAUCCGCAGAUGCCAGGCCUCUCUGAUUGCUGCAGACUCCCAGUGCUUGUUUGGUGACCUGCUCAAGGCAGAGGUGCAGUUGACCAUUGAGCUCAUGCUGCUGGCUUGCAGGAUAGGCAAAGCUCUGGUGUUGUCAGGCCGUAAACCAGACCAUCAAGCAGGAUAUGGCGUGGUCAACUUCGGCAUCAGCAACCUGGCCAUCACCACACGCACAGAUCUGGCCAACAAGUUGCUGGAGCUAAUCAAACAGUUCAAGGAAGUCUGGACACAGAGGUCUAACCCCAUCUAUGGAUUGGAUGACUCACUGGAGAGGCUCCGCAGUUUGUUUAAAGUUUUACUGCCUGAAACUUCACACACUGAGCAUCUAAACAUGGAGCCCAACUUUUAGGGGUGUCAAUGUAACUCUAAACUUAGAGCCCAACUUUUAGGGGGUGUCAAUUUAACGCUAAACUUGGAGCCCAAGUUUUGUUUGUAUACAAACAUUAAUGCUUACCAUGGCAUCUACAUGAUAUGAGCAAUGUCAACAUCUGUUUUUUUUUAGACACGUUCUGUUGACAGCUGGGGCUUCAGGCUUGAAUUUUGUCUUUAUUUGAUUGACAAGCUUAACCCUUUAUUGUCCAGGCAUUAAAAACAUUAUGUGGUCAUCCAUGAAUGACAUCAAGCUUUUAAAGACUAUCUUUAACCCCCCAUCACAAGUCACAGAGAGCCUGACACCCCCACCUAAAAUGAUAUCAUAAUGAUGUCUGAAA